GCAGCAGCUGCCAACAAACGUCUCAAAGAUGCUCUCCAAAAGCAACAGGAGGUUGCAGAUAAACGGAAAGAGAAUCAGAGCCGUGGAAUGGAAAGUGCUGCAACUCGAGUGAAGGUAUGGGGCAACUAUAACUGCUAUUUCUCUUCUGUGCUAUACCUUCUCAACCAGUUACAGCAAAGCCGAAUGUCAGAGAAGCAGCUAGAGGAGUCAGUCAGUGAAAAGGAACAACAGCUGCUGAACACACUGAAGUGUCAGGAUGAAGAACUUGAGAAGAUGCGAGAAGUAUGUGAGCAAAACCAGCAACUUCUCCAAGAAAAUGAAGUUGUCAAGCAGAAACUGACUCUUCUCCAAGUAGCCAGCAGACAGAAACCUCAUCUUCCUAAGGUUACCCUUCUAUCUCCAGAUUCUUCUUUUGAAUAUAUUCCGCCUAAGCCAAAACCUUCCCGUGUUAAAGAAAAGUUCUUGGAACAAAGCAUGGACAUCGAGGAUCUAAAUUAUUGCUCAGAGCAGUCUGUGAAUGAGCAUGAGGAUGGUGAUGGUGAUGGUGACAGUGAUGAUGAGGAAUGGAAGCCUGCAAAAUUAGUUAAGGUGUCCAAGAAGAACAUCCAAGGG